AUGGAAGAGAACCCGGUGGGCUCCCUUAACGACGUCGUCUGCAACACUUUGCAGAGGCGACGGAUUCAGUCUGAGGAAACUCAAAUAAACAGAGAAUUUGACGCAGGGGUUUCGACAUUGGAUCGAUCAGAGGGUCAAAUACGGAUUUGGCUGUGCGUGGAGGCAGUAAAUCACUGGCUACUCGCUCAGUCGUUUUCUCUGGCACUUUGCACGUGCAUCAUUGACACUACAAAGCUGUACGCUGGUCGCUUGCGCCCGGACUUCCUUGCAAGGCUGGAGAGGGAAGGUUACACCUCGUCGUCGGUUGGUGUGGACUGGUGUGAUGUCGCUCGUGAGGGACGGCUAUCCUUUCCUUCAGGACACAGUGGUUUGUCUUUUGCCGCCUUUGUCCCCCUGAUUAUGUACUUCAUGGGGGUGCUGAAGGCGUUCCGCGGCGGCUCCCUCUGGCGCACCGUCGUUAGUUUCAUCCCACUAAUUCUCCCUAUAACCGUCGCUGUCUCACGGACUCGAGACAACCGCCACAAUUUUUCUGAUAUUGUGGCAGGAAGCAUUAUUGGGGCAUGUUGCGCUCUUCUUUCCGUUGGGCUCCUGUUUCGUGUAGAUGAACAAACAGGUACGCUAGUCCCUCGCCAAAUGGAAUUUGUAUCGAAGAGGGACAUUCGAAGUGCACCUAACGAAAACCCAUGA